AUGGAGGAGGCCUGCGAGAUCGCGCGCCUGCCGGAGGAGCUCGUCUCGGCGGCGCUGGCCCACACGUCCCCGCGCGAUGCCUGCCGGGCCGCCGCGGUGUCCCCGGCCUUCCGCGCCGCGGCCGACUCCGACGACGUCUGGGCCCGCUUCCUGCCCCCCGGCGGCCUCCCGCCGCUCGCCGACGGGGAGGUCGCCGUCCCCGCCCCGCCAUCCUCCAAGAAGGAGCUCUUCCUCCGCCUCUCCGCCGGCCCCGCCCUCCUCCAGGACAGGCUCGUGAGCGUGUGGCUGGACAGGGAGACCGGCGCCAAGUGCUACAUGCUGUCCGCCAGGAACCUCUUCAUCGUGUGGGGUGACACGCCGCAGUACUGGACCUGGAUCCCGCUCGAGGACUCCAGGUUCUCCGAAGGUGCUCAACUCAUGAGUGUUUGCUGGUUCGAGAUCCGCGGGAAGAUACAUAGCAAGAUGCUCUCCCAGAACACAACCUAUGCCGCCUACAUGGUCUUCAAGACGACCGAUAAUUUCUACGGGCUGGAUUUUCCGGUCCAGGAGGCAUCAAUCAGCGCCGGAGCAACCAACUCAACCCGCAAGGUUUGCCUCCAAGGCAACGACGACGAUGGCGGCGGCGAGGGUGGGGUGCCCGAGAAUUACCUGCCCAUGAUUCCAUUUCCAGUGCGAAGACUCAGGAGAAGGAACCGCCGCGUAGUUUCGCACGAAGAGAAUGCCACGUUCCCUCAGCAAAGGACCGACGGGUGGAUGGAGCUGGAGCUGGGCGAGUUCCUCAACGAGGGGGGCGGCGACGACGGCGAGGUGUCCAUCAGCCUGGUGGAGACGAAAGGCGGGAACUGGAAGAGCGGCCUCAUCGUGCAGGGCAUCGAGAUCAGACGCAAGAAAUCGGGCUGAUUGAGGAGCUCCUAGGAUUCGACUCGCUCGGGGGGACUAUAAAUGAAUAAGGAAAGCAUGUCUUCUGCAAUGUGGGUUUUUGAACACCUCUCCUUUUGCUGCUGAAGCAUAUCUGUACAGACUAUAUUACCUAGAUGACUGAUGAGUGACGGGUAUUUGGUUUGUUAGACGACUCGUGCCGUUGUAGGCCUUGGUUAAGCAGAUAUGCAUCAUCUGGUCAUGUGAGAUCCUUGGGCCUAGUGGCUACUUGGCAUCUGGUUAUGUGAGAUCCUUGUGACUUGUCGGCAAUGCAUAAAAGGUUCUUUUGUA